AUGGAGGCUAUACUCUUCCACGACAUCAAUUUUCCAGAGCUGCGCAAACCCCGCCAGAUGGGAGAUGACCUUGACUAUGGACCAGACCAAAAUGACGGCACCGUCGUUCCGGGCAUCAUUGACGUCUCUGGAGCUCUCGGCACCGCGUCUUUCGGUGGGCUCCCCGACCCUACCAAGCCUGAGUUCAUCUUCGACCCAGCCUGCGGGGCCGACAUCAUCGUCACCGUCCUCUACCAGUACCGUCCAAGUGCUCUGCGCCAGUUUCUAGACUGCCGCAUCAGCGGCGAGUUCACAUUCGUGCACCGGUGCGAUCUCUCAGUAAUCAAAAAGAAUCAUCAUACAGACAUCCGACCGUUUGUCAUCACCCGUAAAGGAGCACACGUCGAGGCUGGCUAUCGCACAGGCUAUACCAAUGGCGAGCCGUCCCAGGAGUGGGAGGAGAUCGUCUCCUAUGACAUCCUUCUGUCUAACACGUGGCGUCAAGGUCGAUGCCAAUUUCCUGGCAGCAAUCCCGACAUGCCCUUCACCCUGGCUCUCAAUAGGAAUGCGGUAUACGAGGAGCGACGACUGUUUGAGGAUACCGCAGUCGCCGUGCUGACUCCGGCCCUCACACAGCGUCGUUGGUGGGCUGCCCCACGUGGCUGGACAAUUCGAGUUACUGCGCCAGGCUAG